CAUCAACCCCAGCUUUCCCGAACCUUCCCUCCGAGGGUCCAGGAAAGAGAGAGAAAUAAUGCUGCCAUCUCUACCUUUCCCUCCUACUUAGCAACUUGAUUUGAAAUGUCACUUAGAAGGGCGGUGCUUCUGCACCCUGGGCGAGCCCGAUGUUUCCUAGGUACCCCCUCCGCCGCUGCGUGGCAGAGUGAGCUUUAAUCCCCUCCUCCCUCUGUCGCCCGCCCUAGUCUCGCCGCCGCAGCCCCGCCGUCUGAACCCAGCGCAGGGAAGACGAGCGUCAGCUGCUGCGACAAAGGCGGCGCCGCCAAGCGAUGAGGUGGCGGAGCAGUCGCUGACGUCCGUCGUCCCUCCUUCUCUCUCCUGUGCGGCUGUUAGCUGGAGCCAGCCUCUUUCCCCCUGGCGUCCGCAAAAAGAGAAGCAGCCGCCGGCGGAGGAAGAUCCACUGGGAAGCGUCUCGAAGGUGGCUCGAGAGGAUGGAUGUGGUACCUCCUAGUUACUGUUUUGUUGCAUUUCCACCAACUACUAAAGAUGGCCAUGCAAUAGUUGGAAAAAAUUCUGCACGUCCUCGUGAUGAAGUUCAGGAGGUAGUUUAUUUUGCUGCUGCUACUUAUGAUCCAGGAUGUAAAGUUGAGUGCACAUACAUUGAAAUAGACCAAGUACCUAAGACAAAUGCUGUUGCACUGAGCAGACCUUCCUGGCUCUGGGGGGCUGAAAUGGGAGCCAAUGAACAUGGAGUCUUCAUUGCUAAUGAAGCUGUGCUAGCCAGAGAAGCAGCCUCUGAAACUGAAGCUCUCCUAGGAAUGGAUCUUGUGAGACUUGGGCUUGAAAGAAGUUCAACUGCUAAAGAAGCCUUGGAUGUCAUUGUCUCGCUGCUGGAAGAAUAUGGUCAAGGUGGAAAUUACUAUGAAGAUGGAAAUAUGUGCCAUACUUUCCUAUCUGCUUAUCUGAUAGUAGACAGAAGAGAAGCUUGGGUAUUGGAUACUAUUGGAAAAUAUUGGGCAGCAGAGAGAAUUACAGACGGAGUGAAGUGUAUUUGCAACUGUCUAACCUUAACUACAAAAAUUGAUGCAGAACACCCUGAGCUUAGAAGUUAUGCAGAAAGUAAAGGAUGGUGGAGCACAGAUAAGGAGUUCAAUUUUGCUGAAGUAUUUUCCCAAGCUGAUGAUUGUUCAAAUUGUUGUUUGGGGAAGGAGACCAUAAAAAAGCAAGAAGGCAACAUCACUGUGGAAACUAUGAUUAGCCUAUUACGUAACAAGACUGAGGGCAUCUCUGUGGAUUCAGACUCUUUUCUUACAACAGCAAGCAUGGUGUCUAUUUUACCUCAGAAUCCAACUUCCCCAUGCAUUCAUUUUUUCACUGGCACACCAGAUCCAUCCAAGUCCAUAUUUAAACCUUUUAUCUUUGUGGAUGGUGUGAAAACAGUACCUAAAGUUCAAUCACCCAUUUUUGGUAGUGAAGAUCCCGCGAAAAAAAUUCCUCGGUUUCAAGAGAAACCUGAUCGCAGACAUGAACUAUACAAGGUGCACCAGCAGGCUCGAUUAGUCUUAGACAGUGAUGAGGAAAAAGGUCAGGCAUUAAGAAGAAUAAUGUUAAACCUUGAAAAACAGGGCUUGGAAGCAAUGGAAGGCAUUCUCUCUAGGUCUGAAAUUCUUGAUUCUUCAGAAAUAGAAGACCUUUUUUAUGACUGUGUAGAUACAGAAAUUAAAUUCUUCAAAUGAAUGCCCAUAGACACUGUUAGCCUUUGCACAAGAACAUAGAACUCGUCAAGCCUUGAAAGAUAAUCUCACCAUAUUGCCGAAUUUGGGAGGAAGUAUUUGUCUUUCUAGAGAAACUUUCCUCAGUAGCUGUAUCCAGUUAACAUCCUUUUUCAUUAUGUGUUGUCCUGUGUAUGUUGUUAAAAGAGAAGAUUCACUGAUAGGUUCAGUUAGUAGAUGCAUGCUGGUCAGUGUAAUGCUGGGAAUUUUGUUUUAUUUGGGCGACAAAACUUUAGAAAUGAAUAAUUUUAGAAAAGACCAUAGAGAUCUCAAUGUUGUUUUCAAAUUAAACAGGAUCUUUUGAGAACUUCCCUUGAAAAUAUUGAUUCACUUUCAAAGGAAAGAUGGUCCAUUUUAUAACUUCUAAAUGAUAUUUUUGAAUAGAAAACAUGGAAAUGUUAAAAAAAGGAAAUUCCAUUAUAAAGGAGAUAACUUUCAGCAAUGGAAUGCCUUCUCACUAAUGCUAGUUUGAAUGAGAAUGAAAUCAAUUUACACAAACCUUAGAGAAAUAGCCCACCUAGUUCUCUAUUACACAUUAUUUCAUAUUUCUUUGUGCUGCAUUCAAAACUUUUUUCCAAAAGUUUGGUUUAGAAUGUUCCCAAUAUUAUUGGAAAUGUGUUGGGAAGGUUUCAAGUGAGGUAGAAUGUUGAGGAUACCAUCUAUCUUCUUUUCUUUAGGCAGCUAAUGCCUAUUACUACUUUGUCAAAUAGCAGCAGUCAUUUAUAGCUACUUAAAUAGAACAGGAUCUAAUCCAGUAAACAAUUAUCAUUGUUAUAUAAUUAUGAAUACAAAGAUAGACUAAGAUUGAAUUUGCACAUUUUGAUUGACAGAUAGUUAAUAAGCUCAACAUAUUUGUAUUUGUAGCAACCAAGAUUGAGUUAAAAUGGCAUGUGUGGUAAUGACAUAACAAACUCCAUACUCAUGUGCUUGUAUCUCAUUGUCUGACACAGAUAAGUAACAGUUUAUCUUUAUUUGCCAACAGCUUACAAGAUAAUAAACAUAAGUAUAAAUACAGGAAAUGAAUAUGAAUAAUUGGGGCCAAUAGGACAGGGACGGUAGGCACGAUUGUGCGCUUAUACAUGACUUUUUGUGUUAAGAUGCAUAUUUUCCUCCAUAUCCCCAAAUGCCUAUGUUCACCGAUUACAUAAAAUUAGAGCUACUUUCUUAAAGCAAUUGAAAGUGAAAGUGUCCUCCAGGUUUUUGCACCCUGAAUCCAUUCUCUUUAUGUAACUUGCUUAUUGUCCAUGCAUCCAAAUAACAUUGGGCAUUAUUAAAUACUUACCAAGUUCAUCUUGGCCAUCAGCAAGUUAUUCCUCCUACUGUUGCUUUCUUAAUGAAAGGUAUAGAAGAAAGUGACUGUGCAGGUGAAGCCAUCAGGCAGUGACAGGUGAUUCUAGUCUCAAAACUAUGGUGCUAAUCCUAUAAUUCAAAACACCAGGAUUCUAAUAUUAUAGACAUUUCCAACUAUCAACUUCCAACUAAACUGUUGUAAUCAGAUCACAAAUGUUGUUUAUAUUGUUCUUAACUUGGAACACUCAUAAAACAAAUGUCAAGAAUGUCAUUAAUCACACAGAUUCAUAAGGUAAACAAUAGUUUUAAAAAUCAUGCAGGAAGAUAAGGAAAGUAUUUUUCCACUGUACAAGGAAUUGAUUCCAAAGGGCCAGACUUUUUUCUAGUUCUUUCAAUAUAUCUUGUCACUAUGGAGAUCUACAGACUUUCCUUAGUCAAGCAAUUUUUCUUAUUUGGACAGUUUACACAGCAAACAGCUAUUUUUUUAUGGCUUAAAAUUUCAAAAAAUAAUGGUAUCAAAAGGCAGCUGAAAAAGGGAAAAAUAUAAUGUAAAUGCAUUGAUUUGUGGACAUUUUCUGUAAAAUUCCAAAUGUUCCAGCUAUCCUACAAGAUUUGACCAUGCUCUCUUCCUGAGGAUAUGUUGGAAUGUAUAAUACCUGACUAAAGCAGAAUUAGUACAUUUUAGGUAUUUCUUGUAGGAAGUUGCUAUCAGGAGUUUGUUGUCAUUUGGUAUAUAUGUAUUAGACAUUUAUGAUUGACCAAAUUAAUAAAUUAUUUCUGCACUGAAAGUAUGUCUGAGUAU